GAGAUUCGCCCUAGUUUCUCUCCCAGGCCAGGUAGCCGCCGUCGAGUCAAGAUGAGCCCCUUCUGCCGCAGCUCCGCCGAUUGCUCCCCCUCUGCUUGAAGUUCUCUGUCUUCCCUUUCUCCGUGAUAGGUUUGGUAGCUGUUUCCCCUCUGUCGCGGCUCAGGCCUUCGCCGGAUUCACCACCGUCAAGUAAGUUUCCUCUGGCUUUUUUCGAAGUCCUCUUCCCCCGCGCUCCGCUGGAACCAUCAGAUCCGCCAGAUUCUUCCUUAAGCUUCGACUCUCUCUCGAUCCUCGUCGUCUCUGCCACCUCGUCUCAUUUCUUUCUCGCAAGUCCUCAAUCCACCUCUCCAUCUCAUCACCUGGCUGCGUUACCAUCUCUCAUCAUUCCCCAUGGAACAUUGAGUCAAAGGUUGUUCUGGCUAGAACAAAAGUCAUGA